UAAAGAAACAAAGUUGCCGAAGGCUCAAACGAAGUUGUCGUUAGACCAAAUAAACAAAAUCCCUAAACAGGGAGAAAUGCGAAGUUAUUAUAAUAACGAAGAAAGAGAAAACUUUAAAAUUCGUCCAGUUUUGAUAAUGAGUAAUGAUUGGCAAAAUCAGCAUGAUAAAUACUCAAUAAUUGCUCCUUUGACUAGCGAUAAGAAAGAGUUAGAAAAAAGCGUAGCAUCUUUUGAAGUAUUAAUUGAACCCAAUGAAAAAAAUGGUUUAGAUGCUACUAGCAAAAUCCUUCUCAAUCGUUUGCAAAUUGUCGAUAAAAAUUUUCGCUUGAUUAGGAAAGUAGGUCAAGUGGAUACAAAUAAAAAAAACAAAACUUCUAAAAAUUUAAAUCAAAAUGAUAUCAAGGAAUUAAAGAAAGAGUAUGAUAACUCUUUAUUUGAUUAUUCUUAUCUAGUUCAUUCAGACAAAGAAAGAAACUAUGAUGUAGAAGGAGCACAAAGAAUAAUAGCAGGAUGGAUAAAAAGAGGUUUAACGCAUCAAGAAGUUAAACAAUGA